AUCAUGUGAUGAGGCUGCUGGUUGAGGUCGGAAACUUUUCGUGGACGCACUGGGAAGAGAGUUGUUUACAAACAUCAAGAGUAUCAGAAUAAAACCGAAAGCGUUCCUAAAAAUUAGCAAAUGUGGCGAAUCGUUAAUUUUUUUCAUCAGUAUGGAGCCUCAUAAAAGUCUUUAGCGAAUAUAAAUCAUAUCCUCGAUUGAUAUUUUCAGUGUGUGUGUGGAGGCAGUGAUAUAAAGCUGGGCAGGUGCAGUGUAUAAGUUACAAAGAGGUGUUGGUUGUGGGAAGUGAGCAGGACACAUGGCAGAGGAAGGCAACAAGUUGACACUUAGGCGCCUGGAGGCACCAAUCCACAAGUUCAUUAAAGUGGCUCUACCCACGGACCUGGAGAGGCUACAGAAACACCACAAUAACAUACUGAAGUACCAACAAAGCCAGCAAUGGGACCGUCUUCAUCAGGAGCAUAUCAAUGCGAGCAGAACAGUCCAGCAGUUGAGAGCCAACGUCAGAGAGAUGGAGAAGCUGUGCACACGGGUCCGUGCUGAAGACACUGACGCGCUGGAAGCACUUGUCAAGCCAGUCAAAGACAGGGCGUCAGCCGCCGCACAAGACUUCCUGCUUUUACACUCUAAUCCUGUGCGUCAGCCGCCACCUGCCGCUCAGCCGUCCAACUGUGUGUCCAACAGUUGCCACGCUAAUGAUGAUGUGUGCGAGGAGCCAGUGUCUGGCAGGCAAAUUGAGCUCCACCUUCCAGAAAUCCCCGCUGAUCAGAUUGCAGCUGAGUCCUGGGACAACCUGGAAGAGGAUGUGAAGGAGUUUUAUACAAUGUCCCAGCAAGAGAAGAUUGACAGUAUAGAGGACAACAUCAACACGGCCGCUGCCAAUGUGGAGGAGGGGACCAAAAGCCUGGGGAAGACGGUGGGCUACAAGUUGGCGGUGUUGCCGGUUGCUGGGGCACUGCUGGGCGGUGUAUUAGGAGGUCCACUGGGCCUUCUGGCUGGGUUCAAAGUCGCAGGGGUUGCUGCUGCUCUGGGGGGGGGCGCCCUUGGGUUUGCUGGUGGCAACCUGGUCCAGAAACACCGCAAAGCCCGAGUGGAUCUCCAGAUGAAACGACUAACAGCACCACCACCAGAAUCAGCAGCUGAACCAGAGUCGAACAAGGACAAAUGACCCAACAUUUCUGGUUCGACCUCUGACUUCGGGUGCUGACUAAAAACUGAGGCUUCAGUAUUGACUGACCAAUCAGAAGCACAAACUAGACCUCCGACGGUAUCACGUUGCCUUAAAGAGACUCAAGCCCUGUAAUAACAGCUUUAGUUAGUCAAAUACUUUGAUGUCUGUGUAUGAAUGGUUUGUGAGGAUGUUCAUUUUAUACACACAACUGAUGUAAUUUAAUUUAAUUCUGAACACAACUGAGCAGUUAUAUACACUACAUCUUUACGUGUGUGGUUGGGUCAGUAUGACAUCAAAUCUCUUCUUACUAAAAUAAAUGUUUGGCACCAAAUAAAUAAAGUUGAUUUAACAGACCCAACCGUUCUGUCAAAUGCUAUCACUAACAAGGACAUUGUUCCUCAUUCGAGCGAUCGAUUGAUAAAAUCUUUUUACCAGUGAUCAUGCCUCAGUAUUCUAAAAUGCAAAAAGCUGCAAUAAGAAUGAUGUAUGGAGAACAUGUUUUUUGCCUAACAUCAUAGUGGUGUUAUUUCACGUGGAUUAAUUAAAGUGGUUGUGCUUCAAGCAUUGUAUGAUGUAUACUGUAUAUAUUCACGGACUUGUUUUUGCAAAGUGUCAGAGCAAAAUUGCACAAAAAGCGCCACUGUCUAGAUCACUUCAGGGACCGGAGUGAAAGAAGCUGCCAUGUAUUGAUUAUACUGCUGCUGGUUUUCUGCCAAAUAAAAUGCUUUUCAACAGUAAUGCCAUUCAUUGGGUAGGUAUUACAGUAAAUGACACCGGUAAAGUUCCGAGAGACUGAAAUACAAAGCAUAAGACAACGCAAUAUCCUGUAAAAUGGUUUUUAAUUUACUUUUCUUUUUUUAACUCUUCUCCUCUGAGAUGACUGGUUUAAAAAUGGCAUCACACUCCCCCCUGUUGACCUCCUGUAUGUGGGCUGAUAUGUCACUAUGCAGGUAUCUGUUGGCCUCUAUGGAAGGGCAGGAUGCACAGUACAAACUUAGCGAUGGGUCCCCACACUCAAUCUGGCUUCCGCUUUUGGAUGCAUUCACACUCAGGGGAUCUCAGGGAUGUAGACUUGUACCAAAAGCUCAUAUAAAGAGACAAAACCAGUGUUAAGAGAACUUGUAUAAAGUGGCAGAAUGUAAACUUCCACUGUUCAUCACAUGGAUUUUACCCCUCUUGACUCGCUGCUUCUUAAAACAAUGGGAAGGACACCGUCUUUUCUCCUCCAGCAUGACGACACACUUGACAACAGGUAACGGCCAAAACAACAGCCAUUUCAUAAAUUCAUUACCAUUUUAAAGUACAUCAUUACAGAACCUUUUCCCCCCUCUAUUUGAAUCCCUGGAACACAACUCAGAGGUGUCGUGCAAACACUGUGCCUUUAAAAAGGUAUCCAGCCCCCUUUGACUUUUAAUGUUUUACAGUAGUGGAGGUAAUCAGCAUUUUAGACACUGAACAGAAAAAUAAGACGUUCAGAUUUCUUUGGGUACAAAAUU